UUCACCGGCAGUCUUCAGUCUUGUUUGGAACCCAAAAAAAUUUUGAUAAUCGGCGACUUCAGUAAAGAUUUGCCGUAAUUUAUUUUAAUUAGAUAGCGUGUUGUAAAACAAAUCUGAAAGAUACUAAAUUUAUUUAGAGAUUAUGUCGUGUACAUGUGUUCAGUAUUUGCGGAGAUAAUUCAAUGCUUUAGAUAAAUUGCUCUUUAUUAACAGCGAUUCUCUUACUAAAGGCGGUCUCUGAAAUAUGAUUAAAAUAGCUUUCUUAAAAGAAUAAUUUUGAAAAAUAAAUAUAUUUUGGAUGACUAAAUUUAAAAUAAUUUUAGUUUAUAUAAUGUAAAUUGGUGCUUAAUGUGUCGAUAAACAUAUCGUAAUUUUUUUUAUAUACCUAUUUUAACAAUAUGGGUGUGUUAUUUCAAAUUAUUGGUUCAUUGAUUGUAUGCUCCCUGACUAUGAGCACUGGAAUUAUUUUUGCAUGGCCAUCGUCAACGACCAACCUGUUCCGGUCUGGCAACACUCCGCUGUACCGGGUCAUGUCGGGGACAGAGAUAGGGCUGCUGGGCAGUUUGUCCAGCGCUGGGGCUCUGGCUAGCACGCCCGUGCUGGCGAUAUUGAUUGACAGGCUUGGCAGGAAGAACUGUUCUUUGGUGUGUGCGUUGAUGAAUGUGAUCGGUUGGGCGUUAAUAUCAGUGUCUCGCCAAGUGGAAGUCAUCAUGACUGGUCUCUUCAUAGCCGGUCUUGGAGGAGGCGCCUUCCUCAUAGUAGCAGUGUUUGUCGGGGAAUUCUGUCAGGAGUCCAUACGCGGGGCCAUGUCUUCUGGAUCUAUGGUGAUGUAUGGGGUGGGAAUAUUGCUGGCGUAUUUGACUGGAGGUUUACUGGAUUACUGGACUAAUGUGUACGUGUCUUUGGGGCUGACCAUCGUGAACCUUGGGCUACUGUGCUGGCUGAAAGAGUCGCCCAUAUAUCUGUUGAUGAAAGGGUUGGAAAAGGAAGCUGCAAUCUCAAUAGCCUUCUACAGACGCGUGAAGACGAGCACCAAGGAGGUAGCCGACGAAUUGGGGAAACUGCGGAGGGCGAUCAAUGCUGAAGAAGAUGAGAUUGCGCCUGAAGAAGCAAAGUUACAGCCCAAACCGGAGAGACACGAAAAACUGAAUCUAUUGCAAUUUGUCAAAAAAUCUCGCUCCACCCGGCGAGCGCUCCUAGUCACUAUAAUUUUGAUGACAGCAUCAAUUUUCCAAGGAUUAGUGGUAGUCCAGGUAUACGCGGAACCACUUUUCGAGAAAACUGUGCCCGACAUGCCUACUACUGUAGCCACUGUCAUAUUUGCUGUUAUCAACGUACUGUCUGGCUUCUGCGCUGCGUACUUAACGGAGAUUUGUGGGAGGAAGCCCCUCAUAAUCUACCCAUCAAUCGGUGCAUCCAUCUGCUGUUUCCUCUGCGGCCUGCAACUCUGCACAUCCUUCGGUCCCAACUGGCUGAUGCCUCUCUUCAUAUAUGUCUUCGCCACCUGCUUUGCUUUCGGCGCCGCAACCGUACCCUUUGUGCUAUUGGCUGAGGUAUUUUUGCCUGAAGUCAAAAGCUACAUGACAAUGAUCAUCGUCGAAUGGACCUGGCUCUGCAACUUCCUCGUCCUUUUCGUCUUCGACCCACUCAUGAACGCCAUCGGACUUGGCCCAGUGUUCUUCAUAUUCUCCGCGACGUGCCUUCUCACGGCUAUAUUCAGCAUCUUCUUCGUUCCGGAGACUAAGGGCGUGCCUCUCGACGAAAUACAAAGGCUGAUGGUGCCAAAGAAACAUAGAUUAAAUAAUAUUUAGACGAUGAUGGGAGACAUUGGAGAAAAUGUACUUACUCAUCAGAAUUUCAUCAAAAUCCGUCCUUGAUUUUAACUCCCGACUACAGAAAACUCUCUCCGAAUUAUAAGUUUAACGUGUCUGUAUGUCUAUUCGUGGCAUCCUAUCAAUCAGACGGCUGAAGCGAUUUUGAUUCACGUACUUUCUUAUUUGAAAUAGAGGAGAUUAAAAAGAGUUUUCUUAGUUAUUUUUGAAAAUAAUAAUGAGAUGUAGAAAUUCUGGAAACGAGCGGGAAUUGAACCCGUGCCCCUGUCUAUCCGGGACAGUGCUCUUAACCACUGAGCUAUCGAGCCCAUGCCAGUUCGGCUGAAUUAAUUCAUCUCUUUACGUCUCACGCCGACGUACAGUAUUUUCAUUAGAGAGUACCAGGUACACUUAACUAAUCAAUAUACCCCACUGUUACAAGCAAGAAAUUAAGUUUUUAAAAAAAUUCAAGCAUAUAUUUAAAUGGAUUUGUUAUACAUGUCACACAUGCUUUAACUUAUUUUUGAAAAUAAUAAUGAGAUGAAAAAAUUCUGGAAUUGAAUCCGCAAUUUGAAUUUUUUCUUAGCUAUGAUUGGAAUAUGUGUGUUCACCACAGAUACAAGAACAUUACAUGUUCAUCUGUUUGGUAACCCUCAACUCUUUAACAGAUAAAUGUGAGCAACUUCGAAGUCGGGGGUUUUUUAAAUUUAAUUAUUACAUUUUUAUUAAUAUUUUUUAUUCAAGUUGUAUAAAUAAAGUUCAAAAGGCAAACACAUGACUUCCGAUCACCUACCGCCAUCUGGCGCCAGUCGUCGCAUACACAUGAUUUUAUCCUUGUAUAACGAAAUAAUUGACUUUAAUACCUGUAAAAAUAGGAAUAAAAUAUUUUCUGGAAAAAAUAAUUUUAUUAUAAACAUUUUAAGUAUGUUUAUAUAGUUAUAGUAUAGUAUAUAGUUGUAGCUGUUACGAAAUAAAAUAAAAAUGCCUGUAAAUUGGCAUAUUGAGUUGUCAAAUAGCGAUAUCUGUACAGGUGUGUACAGAUUACGGCACAGAUUUCGAGUUUGAUAUAUAAAUCUGUGGAUUAUCUUGUACAAUUGUUGUGUACAAAUACUUAGGUAUAAUAGUUAGAUACUAUUUUUUUUGUGCAAAGAUAUUAAGUUACAUAAAAAUAGUAUUAAAUUU